GGCCACUUCACAAAGCAAAGAUCGGUUUUUAAUCUACAGCCAGAGAGUGCCGCGCUUAUCCAAUUUAAAGGAGUCAGAACAAACAUGGCUCCGUUUCUUCGUUUCUUGUGCAGCUCAAGGCAACAGCAACGAUUUUUGGUCAAGACCCUUUUGGUAUCCAAGUCGUACUGCAGUCGCAGCACUAACAAUAACUGGUGCAAGUCAGCCGCAACCUCGUCUUGGAUCUCAUCUAAAUCCUCAGACUCCGCAUCGUUAGCUAUUUCUACCGCUAGUGCCACGACGCCUCCAACAGCCGAGCCUUCCCUUGCUUCUGAUCCUGUUUUGAGUGAAUCAACCUCGUCCUCGUCGUUUGUGCCAUCUUUGUCGUCGUGGGGCUGGACUGUGUCAUCGACAUCUCCAACCUCCUACGUCAUUGCAGUAUGUCUCGCCGGCGUGGCGUCGUUGGCUCUGGCAACCCGCAUUGCCCUCAUUGAUGGCACCGGCACCACAACGUUUUGCGAACGAGCAACCACUGCGCGGUCCGUUCCACAACAGCCAAAAGAUCACGAGAGAAAAGAUAGCUACAUACCGACCAGCGAGUCGAAGCAAGAUGUGGAUACUGCCAUGCUAAGUAGUUACCCUAAUGAUUCCAGAGAGCAUUUCAUUCUUGAGAACAUUGCUCCCCAAGCCGAAGGUACAGACGAAGAAAUUUCCGACCAGACAAGCCAAACCAGAAGUGCCACUCCGCUUCCACCAAAUCCACUGGCUGACGGAUUUUCGUCCCAAACGGUGGACGAACUUGUCAAUGAAUGGCUUCAAGAUCCUUCCAUCAACAUUCGUGCGCUCCCGGAUGCCUUGGAACGUCAAGUGUACCGUUCCACCGUUCAGCUGACCCUCAACGCUGUCUACCGUUCUUUGGCAUCGUUGCACGGUAAGGCUUUGCUGGGGCACGAGUUACGCUUGCGCAAAACGUCCGACCGUUCGCCCUUCGAAUUUCUAUCACGUUCGCAUCACUCGACGCAUACAAUAGAGGAAUCGGUCCUGGGGCAAGUCGCUGAUCGGCUCUUGCAGAACAAGGCCAUCAAUCGACCACUGAUUCCGGAUAUGGUGGAGCGCCAAUUGUAUGUUAACUGUCUCAAAUUGAUCUUUCGAGUAUUGGACUUGCUGGCCGCCUCUUUGAACCUGACCAUUUGCGGACAUGAUGUCUUUGUUGGUUUGGAACCUGCCAAGCAUCAGGGGGGUGCAAUCUUGCAGGAUUCGUUGAAUCGAACCACAUCUUCCUUGACCAAACUCGAUCCUGAAGUUCUGCGAGAAUUUGCCCGCCAAGCCGGGGUCCGGGAAGCCUUGUCAAAUCAGUCCUGGUGGCAACGAUUCUGGUACGCUUCACAGAAAGAAUUACUGGCGCAGCUGCACGGAUCAUUGUAUAGUCUAGUACUCGGAAUUGUAGACGACAUUCUCGCCAAUACCAGUUUGCGGUUACUUUCUGAAAACGUACAAGUCGAUAUAUGUCAGACAUCUGAACCCGCGAGUCCGUACAUCCCACCUGGCGGUGCCGUUGUGGAAGAGAAUCUCAACAGAGCAAAUACUACAGGACGGUUCCUAGCUGCCUUUACAACGGGCGUUGGCGUAGGAUUGGCUACAAUGGCAGCCUUGGGCGGCGGCGGUGGCCGUCGAUAA